GCGGAAGACGCCAGACGGAGGGAAAGGCGGCGGAGGAGAAAGAGCACCAGCCUACCAGGUGCUAAAAACGCUGUGGAGAUUCAAGGCUUAGAGAUGCCCACCAUGCUGCUUGGUCUUGCCAGCCACAAAACAAACAGAAUGUUUCUUCAGCAUUAGGGCAAGAUGGAACAGAACUGGCAACAAUGCAAGCAUGUGCUCAGAAGGCAAGAGCAUCGUCUGCCAUGCUAUUGUAUUCCUGCGACCUUUUAACCUAGCAGCAUCAGAAAAUUGGAGUAUAUCUUGUAACAGACUGCAGCUUGUAAACAUGGAGGCAAUGAAAGUCGAAUGGCUGGACAAUGAACAGAAUUUUUAAUGAAAUGAAGUGUUUUUCCUUCUUGUUUUAUCCUCAAGUAGUGAUCAGAGAGAGUUUAUAAGAAUUUAGAUGACAACAUGGCUCACUUUGAUACUGAGUAUCAGCGACUGGAGGCCUCAUAUAAUGACUCUCCCCCUGGAGAAGAGAAUCUGAUGGUUCAUGUCCCGGAGGGAAGCAAAUCUCCCUGGCAUCACAUUGAAAAUCUGGAUCUUUUUUUCUCUCGUGUCUAUAACCUGCACCAGAAGAAUGGCUUCACAUGCAUGCUUAUCAGUGAGAUCUUUGAGUUAAUGCAAUUCAUCUUUGUUGUGGCCUUUACUACAUUCCUUGUCAGCUGUGUUGACUAUGAUAUUCUCUUUGCCAACAAACUGGUGAAUCACAGUCAGCAUUCCAGUGACCCAGUCAAGGUGACUCUGCCAGAUGCUUUCCUGCCUCCCAAUGAGUGCAGUGCCAGAAUCCAGGCCAAUGGAUUUCUUCUCUCCAUCCUAGUGAUUGCAGGGGUCUUCUGGAUUCACCGGCUGAUUAAAUUCAUUUACAACCUAUGCUGCUACUGGGAAAUACAUUCUUUUUAUGUGAAUGCGCUCAAAAUUCCCAUGUCCAAUUUGCCCUACUAUACCUGGCAGGAGGUACAAGCACGGAUUAUACAAAUCCAAAAAGAGCACCAGAUCUGCAUUCAUAAGAAGGAGCUGACGGAACUGGACAUCUACCACCGCAUCUUGCGCUUCAAGAACUACAUGGUAGCCAUAGUGAACAAGUCACUCCUGCCUGUGCGCUUCCAUCUUCCCCUACUGGGAGACACUGUCUUCUACACCCGUGGUCUCAAGUACAACUUUGAACUCAUUUUCUUUUGGGGUCCAGGCUCGCUCUUUGAGAACGAAUGGAGUCUGAAGGCUGAGUACAAGCGUAGUAGCAAUCGCAUGGAGCUGGCUGAUAAACUGGGCACCCGUAUCUUAUGGAUUGGCAUUGCUAAUUUUCUCCUUUGUCCGCUUAUACUUAUAUGGCAGAUUCUUUAUGCUUUCUUCAGUUACACUGAAAUUCUCAAGAGAGAACCAGGCAGCUUGGGUGCCCGUUGCUGGUCUCUCUAUGGCCGCUGUUACCUGCGACAUUUCAAUGAGCUGGACCAUGAGUUGCACUCAAGACUUAGCAAAGGCUAUAAGCCAGCUUCCAAGUACAUGAACUGUUUCAUUUCUCCCCUGUUUACUAUUGUGGCGAAGAACGUGGCCUUCUUUGCUGGUUCUAUCCUUGCUGUCCUCAUUGCCCUCACAAUUUAUGAUGAAGAUGUACUAGCUGUAGAACAUGUUCUCACAACUGUCACCAUCCUGGGAGUGGCUGUCACUGUCUGCAGGUCCUUCAUCCCAGACCAACACCUGGUUUUCUGCCCUGAGCAGCUGCUUCGGGUGAUUCUGGCACAUAUCCAUUACAUGCCUGACCACUGGCAAGGAAAUGCCCAUCGUUAUGAAACCAGAGAUGAAUUUGCUCAGCUCUUCCAGUACAAGGCGGUGUUCAUUCUGGAAGAGCUGCUUAGUCCCAUUGUGACGCCCUUGAUUCUCAUUUUCUGUCUGAGGCCCAAAGCUUUGGAGAUCAUCGACUUCUUCCGCAACUUUACAGUGGAGGUGGUGGGUGUGGGAGACACUUGCUCCUUUGCCCAAAUGGAUGUGCGCCAGCAUGGGCAUCCUGCAUGGAUGUCAGCUGGGAAGACAGAAGCCUCCAUUUAUCAGCAAGCUGAAGAUGGCAAGACAGAGCUGUCCCUCAUGCACUUUGCCAUCACCAAUCCACACUGGCAACCACCUCGGGAGAGCACAGCUUUCAUUGGUUUGCUGAAGGAACGGGUGCACCGUGAUAGCAGCCUGGCAUUGGCCCAGCAGGCUGUCUUGCCUGACAAUGCACUUUUUACCUCUAUCCAGUCACUACAGUCUGAAUCUGAGCCACACAGUCUGAUUGCCAAUGUGAUUGCUGGCUCUUCGGCACUUGGGUACCAGACAAUCCGUGAUGCGCAGACUUCACGGCACCUAUCUGCUGUCUCUGAGGUGGCAUCUGCUUUGCGUUCCUUCUCCCCUCUUCAGUCUAGCCAGACAAUACAUGGCAGUUCCCAUGCUGAUGGUGCCCAGCUUCGGGGACAUGGUGCAAUGACAGGCUCAGGGGUGGAUGCCAGGACAGCAAGCUCUGGCAGCAGUGCUUGGGAAGGUCAGCUCCAGAGCCUAAUUCUUUCAGAAUAUGCCUCCACUGAGAUGAGUCUGCAUGCUCUCUAUAUGCAUGAGCUGCACAAGCAGCACGCCCAGUUGGACCUUGAACGACACUUGUGGCACCGGCGGGAGAGUGAUGAGAGUGGCGAGAGUGCCCAGGAAGACCCAGAGGCCCAGAGGAACACCCCUAGCAGCACCAUGCCUCGCUCAGCCAGUUAUCCGUUUGCCUCCCCGCGUCAAGUUAGUGAUGAGGCCUCUGCUCUACAGGCAGGCUUCCAGCGCCGUUAUGGAGGUGUCUCGGACCCUGGUCCAGUGAAUAGGGCUCCAUCACACUUUGCUCGGCUGCCACUUGGGGGCUGGGCAGAAGAUGGCCAAGCUGCUCGACACCCAGAACCUGUCCCAGAAGAGAGCUCAGAAGAUGAGUUGCCACCUCAGCUACACAAGGUGUAACUGUGAAGGCUGAAGAUCCAAUGGGGGUUCCAGACCUGGGGCCUAUCUCGGCUGGUGAGCAGUGAGUUACCCUGCCCUAGAAGAUAUGGGUUAGCUCUAGCACCCAUGGCCUGGACAUCAGAAUACAAGGGUAACCGAUGUGAUGCUGUCAGUGGUGCCUUUUGGGGUGGGCAGAACUCUAUCCAGACAUGCAUCAUACCGGUGAUGCAUUAGCUGUGCAUAGGCUGGGGUGUGUGUAUUUACAUAUAUUGUCUGUAUCUACAUACGUGUUGUCCAUGUUGGAGAACCAUCCAAGACCUGCACAGAAUGCCACAGAGCACACAAGAAAUGGGUGAGACAAGCAAUGCUCAACCUGCCUGAUGAAAUCAUCUUCAGUUGGGAAGAGGACCUGCUUGUGGAUCCUGUUCAGCAGCCAGAAGAGCUGCUCCGUUGUCUAGACUACAGCAUGACUAAAGAUGCAAUCAGGAUGUAGAUUUGGACUCAGGAAAAGAAGGGCUGUGAGAGAUUAUUUUUGUAACAAGAAUUGAGGGCCAGACUUCCUCCACCCACUGACAGAGCCUGACUCAACUGAAGCGGUCGCACACAGCAAGGGAAUACAUCAUCUUCGAUUUUUCCAUUCUACAUAGAUGCCAGACUAGAAGAAAAGAAUACCCCUGUGGUGCCAUCAUCACUUCUAUCAUAGGAUUUGCCUUUCUUGGGGCAUAAUUGAUUUCUCAUUGCUUGGGGGCCAUAUUCAUUUCAUGUCCUACCCCGCCCAUAUCAGAUCACAGGUUUAUCAUGGUAAUGUUUGCCUGAGACAAGAUCUGAAGUGAUCAAAGUCAGCUUUAUAAAAUAAUGCCCAGCCUAAAAGCCUUGAAAGAAACUCUGCUCUAAAAGCCCUUGAUUCUCCUGCUGAGACUCAGAAUCAAGAAUAAGACUUUGUACUCUGUGUGGGUGUGUAUAUGUAUGUGUCUAUGUGUGUGUGUGUGUGUGUGAGAGAGAGAGAGAGAGAGAGAGAGAAAGACGAGUGGAGAUUACCAGUGCUUAUCAGAGGCAUGAUAGGCAUAUCAUAUUUAAGUAAUUCUUUAAUAUCCUGCUUGGCUUCUCCAAAUUGGUGCUGCCCCAUUCGUGAUUUUCUUUUUGUUUUCCCUUUGGGUGCCUUGAUGGUAAUUAUGCAGCUCUCAUGGAAAUACCAUAUGCCAAAAAAAGCUAUCUUAAAACUCAAGAAGGGAUGACUUUCAUGUUUUUACAAAAAGAGUUAAUUAAACUCACAAUUCAACAGAUAAAGCCCUAUUUCAAACUGUCUACAGAAACACUGGUGUUCGAUUCUUGCCCUUGCUCUUCUGUCCUUUCUGUAUUAUUUGUAGGCUAGCUGGGCCUAGUUAAGUAGUAGGAACCAUUGUGGUUUAAAAAAAACCCACUAUUUUUUCUGAAUUUCGUUUUUGGAGAGCCCAUAGUCACAAUGGGUCAUAUUUUAAAUUCUCAUUAGCCUUUUAGGUAAUGAUCAGUGACAACCACUACCUUGUGUUAAAGAAGUAAAUUAUCCCAGAUAAUAUAUUCUGUUUUCAUUGUCGCAGACUAGGCUGUGCAGGAUCCCAUAGCUGAUUUUUCUGGGGAUGUUUCAUGUUUGGGAAAGCCAGAUUCCUGAAUUUUAUAUACUUUCCUAGGGGUUUUUGAAGGAAAACAAAAACAGAUUAUGUAUCCUCAGUUUUCCACAGACUUGUUUCUAGUUCAUGGCUCAGUAUUUUCCUGUACUCAUCAUUUCUCUCCCAGUAGUUUUAUCAAGUAUCUAUGGGAUAGGGAAAUGUUGUUGAGCUGCUACUGCAGAGUGUUGUCUGCCAAGAAAUAAAAGAACGUUCAGUAACUA